CUCAGUUGGUUUGCAAUGGAGGACAUUUAUGCUAAGUUUGUGUCUCAGAAAAUCAGCAAAACCCGCUGGCGACUGGUACCUCCAGGAAGCCUGCAGACCGCGGAUACCUUCGCUGCGGGCUCUUGGGACAAUGAGGAAAAUUAUGUUUCACUGUGGUCUAUUGGAGAUUUUGGGAACUUGGACUCUGAUGGAGGGUUUGAAGGAGACCAUCAGUUAUUGUGUGAUAUCAGACACCAUGGCGAUGUAAUGGAUUUACAGUUUUUUGACCAGGAAAGAAUUGUAGCAGCUUCAUCAACAGGAUGUGUAACAGUUUUCCUUCACCAUCCAAAUAACCAGACUCUGUCAGUCAGCCAGCAGUGGACAGCCGCUCACUACCACACAGGUCCAGGCAGUCCUUCCUGUGGCAGUGCACCAUGCACAGGUAUUGUGUGCAGCAACCCCGAAAUUGUCACCGUUGGAGAAGAUGGUCGGAUAAAUCUCUUCAGAGCCGAUCACAAGGAGGCGGUGAGAACCAUAGACAAUGCAGAUAGCAGUAUACUCCAUGCUGUAACCUUCCUUCGAACUCCUGAGAUUCUUACAGUAAAUUCAAUUGGGCAGUUAAAAAUAUGGGAUUUCAGAAAACAAGGAAAUGAGCCCUCUCAGAUAUUAUCACUGACUGGUGACCGAGUACCCCUCCACUGUGUUGAUAGACAUCCCAACCAGCAGCAUGUUGUAGCUACUGGUGGCCAGGACGGAAUGCUGAGUAUUUGGGAUGUUAGACAAGGCACUAUGCCUGUGUCUCUGCUGAAGGCUCAUGAAGCUGAAAUGUGGGAAGUUCACUUUCACCCGUCCAACCCAGAUCAUCUAUUUACUUGUUCUGAGGACGGAUCCCUCUGGCAUUGGGAUGCCUCCACAGACGUACCUGAAAAAUCAUCACUGUUUAACCAAGGAGGAAGAAAUAGUACUUUUUUGUCUCACAGCAUUAGUAACCAGGCUAGUGUUCACCAGUCUCUUAUAAGCUCCUGGCUCAGCACUGAUCCCGCAAAAGACCGUAUUGAAAUCACAAGCUUGCUUCCCAGCAGGACCUUGUCUGUGAACAGUUUGGAUGUUUUAGGUCCUUGUCUUGUUUGUGGAACUGAUUCAGAAGCAAUUUAUGUUACUAGACAACUUUUUUCAUGA